AUGAAAUACGUACUAAGGGGCCAUAAAAGAAAGAUCCAGAAAACCUGUGAACAUUUGUUUAAAUCAUAUUUUUCAAUCAAUCAUUUAUGUGUUGGUAAUUUUCCCACCUUUGUAAAAUUACAAGAAGAUAAUAUAUUCUUUAGGAAGAAACAAAUAUAUUUUUUAAGUACUUGUAAAAAGAAAUUGUGUAAGUAUGAUUAUACGGAGGAGAGUGAGAAAGAAGGAAAAAAAAAGAAUAAACUAAUUAAUCUUUUGAAUUACCAUGAUGAUAAUAAAAACAUUUUAACAAAAGGAUGUCUUGUAAAAAAUGAAAGAGAUAUUAUUAAUAUAUUACAAAACAAUAUUAAAAAUGAAAAAAAUAUUUUGAUUACACCUCAGAAUAUAGUAGAAUUAUUACAAGCUUAUAGUAAAUAUAAAUAUUACAAUGAAAAUGUUAUAAAAUUAAUAAUUCUUUAUAUAAAAUAUAAUAUGAAUAAAUUUUCUUUUAUAAAAUUAUGUCUUUGUUUAAAUUAUUUUGUUAAUUUAAAUAUAAAAAAUGAACCUUCUUUUAAUAAUAUUAUUUCGAAUAUUAUUAUGAAAAAAAUAAAAAAUGAUGAAUAUAUUGAUUCAUAUGCAUUAUGUAUGGUAAUCAAAUAUUUAUUAAAAACAAAUAUAGACGACAUUAAUUUAAUAUAUAUGUUGGUUAUAAUAACAGAAAGGAAGAUAUCGGAAGGGCUAUAUAAUAUAUAUGACGUCUAUAAUUUAAUUCUUUCCUUUUUAAAUAUACAUACGAGUAUUAUUAAUCCUAGGCUGUAUCAAAAAAAGCAAACAAAAAGAAACAACAUCAAUCAAAAUAAAAAAAAAAAAAAAAAAAAUAAUAAUAAUAAUAAUAAUAAUAAUAAUAAUAAUAAUAUACAUUUAUGUGGUCAAGGUAAAAAUUAUUAUAUAAAAAAAUCUCAUAAUCCUGUUGAUCUCCAUAUAACCAUAUUUAAUGACCAUCAAAUGAAUGAAUGUAUUCAUUUUUACAAAAACGAUGAUGCUCAUAGAAUAUAUGAAGAUACCAAAAAAAUAAACGAAGAAAAUAUAUACAACAUGCUACAUAUAUAUAUCAAUUUUGAUAACAAAAAUAAUAAUGAUAUUAUUUUAUUAUUACAUAAUUUAAGAAAUAAUUUAUCGCAAAAGUACUUUACAUAUAAAAUGUAUAUGAAUAAUGAUGAUAAAACAAAAUUAUAUGAAAAUUUAUUAAAACAAAUACAUUUUAAAAAAGAGAUCCAACCACAAUAUAUUGCUCUUCUCCUUAUAAAUGUAAUGAAGUUUAUAAAUAAUUCCCAACUUUCAGAGGAAUUAUUUUUGCACAUUCUAAAAAAUGUUCACACACAUAUUAAAGAGGUUGUCAUGAAUACGAAAGAACAUGAAAUAAACAAAUACAAUCAAUUUUGUAAUGAUAAAAAAACAAAAGAAUUAUUUAUAUUUAAUAAUAAUAUUAAUACAUUUUGUGAAGAACAAAAAAUAUGUUCUCAAAAUAGUCAAAAUGAGGAACUCAUUAAAAAAAGUUCUUUUGAAAAGCCUCAUGUCUUUUCUUAUCCUAUUAAAAAAAAAGAAAGCCCUUAUGAAGAAAAUAUAAAAAAAAAUAACAAGGCAGAAAAAAAAACGAGAAGACACUUUAAUGUUCAAGAAAUUGGUUUGAUAUUUGAAUUUUAUACAUCUAUGCAAAAUUAUAUAAAAGAAAGGAAAAAAAAAAAACAAAGUCAUAAUCAUCAUGAUGAUGAUGAUGUAAAAUUUUAUGAUACACAUCCUUUAGAUAUGCGCAACAAAGAUAAUAACAUAAUACACAUUGGAAUGUAUGAUAAUAAAGGGAUUUUACAAAGUGAACAUAUUUUUAAGGAUGAUAUAAAUAUGAAUAAAACGAAUGAUGGAAAAAAGAAUCUAACUAAAUUUAGGUAUGGUGAUACAUGUUAUUUUGUCGAUGAGUUCAUUAGAUAUUGUGAUGUUUUGAAAUUAUAUACAAACAUAUUAAAGAAUUGUCUGUACUUAUAUUCCUUAUAUAAACAAGAAGAAAUUAAAAAAAAAAAAAAAUUAAAAUACAGUGAUGAUAAUAUAAAUAUAACAACGUACUGUAAAGUAUUUAAAAAUUUUUUAGAAAUAUAUAGUACACAUAAUUUCCUUGAUAAAGAGAUAUUUUACUCCUUUUUUGAAGAAUUUUUUUUAAUACAAAAAAAAGAAAAAAAAUUAGAUCUGAACGAAAUAUGUGAUAUCUUAAAAAUUAUACAUACAUAUAAGAAUACAUAUCUUUUAGAAAGUUUAUUAUAUAAUAAUAAAGAAAGCAAAAUUUUAUUCAUUAUACAAAAUAAUUUAAUAAAGCAUGUAACAAAUGAAAUGAACAAAAUAAGAAAUGACAACCUUUAUUUUGUUAUUAUGUCUUUUUAUUAUCUUUCAUUUCUAAAAUGUUAUAAUUUUAUAACAUAUUCAAGAUUAAUUAAUUUAAUUCUAAGAAAUGUAAAAAAUGAAGUAUGUAUCAAACAUCUACCAUAUGUAAUAAUAGGAAUAAUGAAUUUUUUUAAAUUGUACAAAAAAUUUAAAAUAUUAAAAUAUAAAGAAAAGGAAGAAUAUAAAUAUGAUGAAAAUUUAAAUAAAAAUGAUUUAUAUGAACAAGAUAAUAUAUCCAUGUUUAAUGAUAGAUAUUAUAAUAAGGAAUUAGAAAAAACAAAAAUAAAUAAAAGAAAAGAAAAAAAUAUUCUCAUUAUACAAAAUAAUUUUUCCUAUUCAUAUAAUGAAAAUAGGCAUCAAAAUUUGUUUUUAUUACCUUUUAAUCAUGAUGAAUAUACAAAUAAUGAUAAUAAAAUGUAUAGGUUACAUAUAUUGUUCAUUUUGUUAAAUAAAAAUUAUUGUGAAUAUAAAAUAUAUUACAUAUUAAAUUGUAUAUAUAUGUUAAUCAAAUUAAUAAAACAAAAGGAUUUCCCUACAACGUGUAAUUAUAUAUCCAAAUUUUAUUUAUUAGAAAUAUUUAAGAAAUUGGAAAAACAAAUGGAUAUAAAUAACAAUAAUAAUGAUAAUGAUAAUAAAAAGAUAGAAGAAAAAUGUAGAGAUAAGCUUAAAAUAAUAUAUAAAGAAAAGUUGCAUAUUACAAAUGUUGAGAAGAACAAUACACAUAUGUAUUAUUAUAACAAAUAUGAUUAUUUUAUUAACUACGUGAAAUAUAUAUAUUGUAUUUCUUUUCUUAAUUAUUACAUAGAUCUGAAUGAAUUAUUAAAUAAUAUUAUGAAAAAAAAAGUUACAAAUAAUUUUGUAUACACGUUUUAUACACCUUUUAAUUCCUAUUUAAUAAGUAAUUUUUUAUAUAAUUAUGAAAAUAUGAAAAAAGAAAAAUAUGAUGAAAUCAAAAAGUUAUAUAAUUGUUCCUACCAAAAUAAUGAUUUACAAACAUAUAUAAAUAUUUCAUCUUUAAAAUAUAUCGAUAUAGAAAAAAGCACACAUUUUAAUAAAUGUAUAGAAUAUAUAAAGAAAUGUAAUAUAUUAAAUAUAUAUAAUAUUAUUUAUAUAAUAAAGACAUAUAAAUUCUUAUGUUAUUAUAUUAAUCAAUAUAAUAUUUUAUUAUUAAACAAGUUUAUAUUAUUUUUAUAUAUGUAUCAAAAUAUAAAAAUGUCAAGCUUAUAUGAAUUAUUAAUUCAAUAUAUAAAAUUUUUAUAUUAUCUAGAGUAUAUACAAAAACCUAUUUUUUUAAAAUCCAACAAAUCAAUCAUAAAGGUUAUCCUCUUCUUGUUAAAAAUGUUAUCUAAGUAUAAUAUGAAUAAUUUUGAAAAUAAUUAUAUAGGGAUGUUACACAUAUCUUUAUUAUACAUGUCUUAUUUUGUUAAAGACUUUCAUUCUAUUUUUUCAUUUUUGUCUCUCAAGUUUUUGAGGCACCUCAAUUUAUUUUUAGGAAUGUCUAUGAUAAAAAAUUUGGAAACAUAUGAUCAUUCCUAUAAUUUCCAGAUAUAUAUUGUCAAUAUACUCAAGGGGGUUAUUAAAAAGAAGAAAAGAAUUAUGAAUGAAUAUAAUGUUGAACAUACACCUUAUACAAUAGAUAUACUUAUUAAAUAA